ACAACGCAAAGCUCGUCCGCGAGAACGACGAGCUCCGCCGCCAGCUCCAGCUCGCCUCCCGCCGCGCCUCCCUCGUCCCCAACGCCAUCGACCACCACUUCGACCUCGUCCGUCGCAGCUCCUUCCAGUCCACCGCCUCCAGCAACGAGAGCCACUCCGACCGCGACCUCAAGCGCCGCCGCAUGUCCACCAGCGUAGACGAGGUCUACAUGAGCCCCAGCCAGACCCCGAGUCCCCCAGCCACAGAGGCCCUCGCCCACCCCAGCCACUUCUCCCCGCCGCCGCUCUCCCAGUCCGCCUACCUCUCCUCGACCGCCCCCUCCGCCUACUCCAGCCCGGGGCUCAGCCUCCACGGGCCCUCGUUCGGCUACUCGCUCCCGUCCGUGCACGCCGUCUCCAGCGCGGCCUCCAGCCCCACCACGUACUCGUCGGCCCACCACGACCACCCGUCCGCGCACCAGCACCAGCAGCAACAUCAGCAGCAGCAGCAGCAACAUCAGCAGCAGCAACAGCAGCAGCAGCUUGGGGGUGGCAUGGGGCUGACGGGCAGUCAUCACCACAACGGUGGUGGUGGCGGCGGCUUGCAGGCACGCCCUUCGCAAGGCGCCCUCCAUUCGCACGGCCUCGGCGGCCCGACCUUUUCAUCUUCCUCGCAGUACGAGGUCGUCAAGGUCGAGGACGACCACUACGUCAAAGCGCCCUCCCCUGCGCUCGCGCUCGCGCCAUCGUUCUCCCCUCUCUCGCUCCUGCUGCUCGCUCGCGGCUCCGGGACCCGCGUCGGCGCCGCGCACGGCUGGGUCGCGCGCGGCCGCCGCCUGCACGCGGGUUCCCCGCUGACGACGCCGGCACAGCCUACUCGUUACGGCUACAGACAGACCCCCCGCGCGGGCUUACAAUUCCUCCUGCUCUUAGAUUCCUCCGCCCGAUCGCACGCGACCCCAAAAAGCUCCCGCAAGCAUCAGCGCCCGCGCGACGACGCGCCGCAGCACGCGCGGGCGCAGGCGGAAGCGCGCAAUCGACUGCUAAUCGACCGCGCUCGGGGCCAAUCUUGCCUCCGGUCGCGGGGGCACAUUCGAGAGAGAUGGGAUGCGGGGAGAUUGGCGCGCGCAACGCGCGCGCGUCCGAUCGGUCGGGCGGGCGGGCGGACUAGGGCGGACUUCGGGCGAGCGGCGGUCGAGUGGCGGUCGAGCGGCUGUCUGUCUGGUGCUCCGGCUGUGGCCGAGGCGGGGCCGGGUCUGGCCGGGUGCCCCUGCGGCGAUGUGGGUUGUGUCAAUGCGGCGAGACGGCCAGGCUGGCUUGUGCAUCUCGGUAGGCCGACCGUCAUCAUCAUAACCACCAUCAGCCAUCACCACCAUCAGCCAUCAACCAUCAUAAUCAUAAUCGUAAUCACCGCCAUCGCCAUCGUCGUCGUCGUCCUCAUCAGCUUCGAAGUUACUGGCGCGUCUGCUCGUGCGUGGCAAGCGCGCCUGCGCGACUCGUGCGGGUCUCGUGCGGUGCUUUUCAUCUCCGGGCGCACGCGGGAACCGCUGCUGGUGACCGCUCCCACACCCUACUCUAAACGCCUGCGCGCGAACGCAGACGCAAACGCAAGCGCAGACGCAAACGCAAACGCAAACGCAAACGCAAACGCAAAUGCAAACGCAAAUGCGAGCACGAGCAGCUGUAGGAACAAGACGAGCAAAUGUGUUGCACGAUGCACGAUGUACGAUGCGCGAUGCGCGAUGCAGAUUCCAAAUGCCUACUGCCCUGCCCUGCUCUGCGUGGCCCGUCCUGACACGCCCUGGCGCUCGCCAUCGCCGUCGCAGCGACUGGCUACUGUACCCACACGGACACCCAGCGCCCCAAAUCGACUCCGCGUCGCACCGCCCACCCACGCGCACGCACGCACGCACGACCGAUCGAGCACCGUAGAUCCUCGCCUUGUCCUACAGUACUCGUAUAUCCCAACCGGCUUACAGGCGCAUCCCCGCUCCUUCCUUCCUUCCUUCCUUCCUUCCUUCCUGCCGCAGGGUCGAAAGCUACAUGCGCGCGACGACCCAAACCCAAACCCAAACCCAAACCCAAACUCAAACCCAAACGCAGUCCCCUGCCCACCCGCCCGCUCGCUCGAUCCGUCCCUCGCCCCCGCGCGUUCCGUCGGCCCUCCGCGCACCCGCGCACUGACUCGUCGAUUGGGGACUUCCACCGGGCUUCCUCCGAUCGCGAUCGCAUACUCGUUCCCCGCGCGCGAACCCCGCCGUCCAAACGCGACCCGUCGAGUCGCCGAACUGAAUAGCGCGGGGCCACGAAGGUGCGCCGUCGAAGCGCGAGGCCCUGCAGGAGACGAGACGAGAAGAGAAGAGCGGAGAAGAGAAGCAAAGCAAAGCGCAGUAGAGGACGGCAGGGCGCCUCUUGCAGUUCGCGCGGGGGGGCUUCUCAUUCAGGGGAGGAGAGGGGCGAGUGGGUGGCGAACGAGCAGGGUCAUCCCUGCCCCCUUCCCCCUGCCUCCUGCCCCCUCCCCCUUCCGUCCGUCUGUUCGUCCGUCCGCGCUUCGCACUCCCGGAUUUCGCGCUCCUGCUCGGAGGGUUACGCUGCGCGCCGCGCGCGUGCCGUCUCCGCUCGCAGAUGAACCCCCCACCCCGGCUGACCGAGCGGGGAGUCUCGAGCGCAGAGACGCGCACAUCGCCCCUUCCGUCCGUCCGUCCGUGCUGGGCAUUCCGCGUCGAGCCGUCGGGACACCGGGCUCGCAGGGCCGACCGGUGCGCGCGCGCGGUAGACCGUGGGUAUCGCCGCUAUGGCGCCCCCGCGCGCGAGGUCCGACGGGGCCUUGUUUCGUCGUGCUCCAGUGGAAAACAGGCAGCGAUCCACUGGGGCGUGCGAAGGCCAGCGAGGCGCUCGGGGGGCGCUCUGGUCCGCGCGAGGACGGUCGGAUCAGAACAGAAGAGAAGGGGGCAGGAGACGGACUGGGGGUGGGGAUAUCGCCACGCACGGAGGUGGCGAGGGGCGGCAACUCAUUGUGUUUGACCGGCGACGCGUUGAGCCGGUGCUGCGAACGGGCAGACGAGUGUCCCGAUCGGUUGCUGAGGCAAGACCGCUGUGCGUAUGUGGGUCCCGCGAGCGCAGGGAUGGCACCUGACGUGCUGUCGCCGCGUCGCGCUGGUCACGGCGUCGGUCACUCUGUCGCGAGGUCAGGCGACGCGGCGCGGACAAAGACAAAGGAGAAGGCCAGGCCAGAUUUAGAUCCGCCAUCCAUAGAACGUCUAACCCAAAUCCAAACGCGUCCAUUUCCGGGCGCGGCGUGCCCGACGGCGCCUCCUGCCUCUCGCGGGCCAGGCUGGCGGCGCGCAACUCUGCGCGCUGCUGGUGGGGCGCACACACCUGCGGGUCCGCGUCUGACGCGUGCUGCACUGAGCUGCCAGGCUGCGAGUCAUGAUUGGCGUGCUCGUCAUCGGCCUCUUGCAUGCUGCGAGAAGAACCGCCAUGACGCUCGUCAGGGGACGGUCGCAGACGGGCAGGCAAAGAAGGCCCACAAGGAGACGGAGAAGCAGGCGCGGCCAGUCUUCCGCUCGCACGCGUCCUCACAUCUAGACGACGCAGGAAGGCACGCUGCCCCGAAUCGAAUCUGUCAACACUGCGUCGAUGCGUUGGGGUCGAGCCCCGUCGAGCCACGCGCCGAACACGAGCACAGCGCCUCCGUGUCCUCGUUCGACACUUGUUUGUUUCCAGCGAAAUCCCCCGUCCACGUCCACGUCCACACCCGUUUCCACUUCCGCAAGUCUUCCGCACCCGCACCCGCGUCACCUCGCCCACGCACCGUCCGCACAUCCGCACAUCCCGCAUACCCGCAUACCCGCACACCCAGAAUCCACGCUCCGCAUCCGUCCGCGUCGCCGCCGUCGCGUGUUGUGCGGGCACCCAGCCAGGGUCCCCGUCGCACGGCUGCCUCGCGGCCGCCUAGCAGCGAGCUUCACACGCACAAAAGAAUAGAACAGAACCCGCACCGCCGUCGCGGUGCCCACGGCCCACAGCGCGGCGCGCCGGGCCCAGGGAGUACCGGGAGGGAAAAGAUAAGAGAGCGGAGACGGAGCGCGGCUUGUUGGACACAAGAGGCCGAUGAUGGGGCGGAGUUAUCCCAGGCUUCGACGAGCGAGCGUGUCAUGGCGUCAAUGGUCGAAGAAACGUCGGAAGCCGGGCGGGUUCGCACGAUGGAGAUCGCAGAUGCCUCCGGUGGGCACGAAAUUGAGUGCGGCUUGGCGACAAGUCCGGCUCUUCCUGCGUUGAGGCACGUGACUUUCGACGACUUGCCCUUUGGAUUAUACUGUCGAGAGCGGUUUGCCUCCGGUGCUUGCCCGACGUCGCAGGACUCGAAGAAAGGCGCGACAGCGGAAGGAGCGGAAGGACGUGGCCCAAAUCGCAACUCGGCGGGAUCUGCACCAUACGAGACGAUGCCCGUCAAUGAUUGCGUGCUGAACUUGCUUCAUGGCCGUGCUUUGUUCGUCGAGUGGCGUGGCUUGUGGUCGGGCCAUCGCGUGCGCGCGCCACCGCAUGCCACUGGCGGUGGACAAGCGAACAAAAGAACAAAGGGGCCAUCUGGGGCCACCCGCCGCAAACAAGCAACGACGCGCACCGCCGCACGCUUAAAACCCUGUUCGCGACGCGUCUUGACCACUCACAACGUUGACCUCUCCCCACCACCACCUCCAUCGACCAAGCCCGCCGACCGCGUUACCCAAGUCUCCAUGCAUCACCCUACCCCGCGCAGAACCUCAGUGCCGACGUUCCUCUUCCCUACUUCCCCGGCGAGCGCGUCUCGCGCGGUGUCCGAGCGCCCAGCCACGCCCCGCGGCGGGCCCAGGCGGCCUAACAGCAGCCGCGCGCGCGUCAGUCUCCCGACCAAGACGCCCCCGCCGAACUCGCGCAUCGCGGCGAAGUUGGCGCCGCUCGCCCUUCCACCCGGCACGUUCGUGAAGAUCGAGGUGGACGAGCCCAGCGUGCCGGAUGCCACAGGCGUGCCAUCCGCCUCGACCGUGAUCGCGGCGCACGCGCAGCCGCCCUAUCCCGGCCGCCCUGUGCUCUUCAAGGCCCUAAAAAAGCUCGGCAUCAACAAGGUCGCGGCCUCGCUGGAGUGGGAUAUGCUUGUGGAUCCAGAGUUGGGCUUCGAUGCCACUGCCGCUGCGACGAGCUACCUUGCCUCGCAUCUCGGGCAGGACGCAGACCUGUACUACUUCCUGUGGGUGGCGGCGAAGAAAGUCAUGUCUGAAUGCACCCAGAGGCACGCGCCGUGCACGAGCAAUUUGGCUGCGUUCUGGAAAGAGGUCGCUGACCCGUGUCUCCACCAGCUCGCGGAACUGGGGAACGGGCUGAUGGACCUUGUAAAGGGGCCCCACAUCACGUAUAUCGACGUGCGCCAGCACACAAGUGCGGAGAGCAUCCAACGGUAUGCGAAAAGCCUUGUCGCGCGGUUCGAGAAACUAGGCAGGGACCGCAGCACGUUCCUAGUCAGCAUCCCGGCCAUCCCAAAGGGUAUCGAAGCGACUCGGCUGCUAAAAGAGCAAGACGGAAUUAAUGUCAACCUCACGUACGUGGCCGGCGUCAGGCGUCUCUCUGCUUGCGCAGCAGCUGGGGCCACUGCAGUCACGGUCCCCAUCCGCUUGAUGUCAAGGUGGUAUGAACUGAAGGUUGACGCCGUAGCGCCAUCGGAACACGAAGACCCAGUGAUAAGCCACGUCCAGUCGAUGCGCGCGUUUCUUGAUAUAAAGAAGCUUCCAACGGCACUCAUCGGCGGGAUCAUGCCUAGCGCCAGCAGAGCGAGGCGCUGGAAUGCCUACCCCAAGAUGACAUUCAAAAUACCAGAACAGCCGAUCGAAGUAGCCAAACGCGUGAGACACCCAACGAGGAUCUCGAACAAGCCCCUGCCACAGAACGAUGUGACCGAGAUACUCCUCCCCAUUGGCAUCGAAAAAACGACCAAGGAGAUUGAAAUUAUCAACGGCUUGAUCAGGAAGGAGAUUGCCUGGCUGUUCAGCGUCAGAGAGGGGGGGAAGGUCCCCAAACCCGUCAUCAGAUCCCAUGCCGACACGAAAAAGCGGAAGCGUGAGAGCACCGAAGUAGUGUUGACUGUAGCUCCCAUCACUGCGGGAGUUUCUGCAGUCACGAAUCCAGACGGAAGUGGCAGCUUGUCUCCCUUCCUGGGAACCACUGGUGGUGAAGGGAAGCACGAGGCGGGUGAACCACCUGCAAAAAGGGCCAGAACAGAUGGAGUUCAAUUGGAGCAGGCACUCAACUAUCUCCGACAAGUUCUGGGGCCAACAGUCGGGACACUUUGA